ACUCGAGCAUGGCCGCGGCCGCGGCGGGAGGAGCCCCGGGCCCGGCCCCCGGCCCCGCCAGGCCCGCUCCCGCCGCCCGCAACCCGCCGCCCGCGCCGCGAAGGCGCGGGGAUUCGCGGCGCCGCCAGGCCGCGCUCUUCUUCCUCAACAACAUCUCCCUGGACGGAAGGCCCCCGAGCCUGGGCCCCGGAGGCGAGAAGCCGCCGCCCCCGCCGCCGCCGCCCGCCGAGGCCCGCGAGCCGCCCGCGCCGCCGCCCGCGCCGCCCGCCGGCCUCCCGGGGCUGCCCGCCAGGCCCGCGCCCCAGGGCCUGCUCAGCCCCACGACGGCGCCCGCCGGCCUCGCCCUGGACGGGCAGCGCCAGAGGAGGCGAGUCACGUCCCAGCGCUGCUCCCUGGAGUUUCUGGAAGAUGCAGUGGGAUGUGCCUCAGUGCAGAGGACCAAACAUGCAUCUGGAUCACCAAGACACAAAGGGCUGAAGAAGACCCACUUCAUCAAGAACAUGAGGCAGUAUGACACCAGGAACAGCAGGAUCGUGCUCAUCUGUGCCAAGCGGUCCCUGUGUGCAGCCUUCUCAGUCCUGCCCUAUGGAGAAGGCCUGCGGAUCAGUGACCUGAGGGUGGACAGCCAGAAGCAGAGGCAUCCGUCUGGCGGCGUUUCCGUUUCUUCCGAGAUGGUCUUUGAGUUGGAAGGUGUUGAACUGGGAGCAGAUGGAAAGGUUGUGUCUUAUGCAAAGUUCCUGUAUCCUACCAACGCCCUGGUCGCACACAAGAGCGACAGCCAUGGCCCACUGCCCCAGCCUCGGUCCAGCAUCUCCCGGGCUCUGCCAGGGUCAAGACACAAACCUGCUACCACCAAGUCGGUACCAACUGGCACAGAGCUAGGGAGUGAUGUGGGAGACACCCUGGAAUACAACCCCAACCUCCUGGAUGACCCGCAGUGGCCCUGUGGAAAACACAAGCGGGUCCUCAUCUUUGCCUCAUACAUGACCACGGUGAUAGAGUACGUGAAGCCCUCGGACCUCAAGAAGGACAUGAACGAGACCUUUAAGGAGAAGUUCCCUCACAUCAAACUGACACUAAGCAAAAUCCGGAGUCUGAAGCGGGAGAUGCGGAACCUGUCGGAGGAGUGCAGCCUGGAGCCAGGCACCGUGUCCAUGGCCUACGUGUACUUCGAGAAGCUGGUGCUGCAGGGCAAGCUCAACAAGCAGAACCGCAAGCUGUGCGCAGGCGCCUGCGUGCUGCUCGCGGCCAAGAUCAGCAGUGACCUCCGCAAGAACGAAGUGAAGCAGCUCAUUGAUAAGCUGGAAGAAAGAUUCCGAUUCAACAGGCGAGAUCUCAUUGGGUUUGAGUUCACGGUGCUCGUGGCUUUGGAGCUGGCCCUGUACCUCCCCGAGAACCAAGUCUUACCUCACUACAGACGGCUCACCCAGCAGCUCUAGGCCAGGCAUGUACUCGCAGUAAGCUUGCUGGGCAGAAGGAGCAGCCCUUGGCCCAGGCGUAGGCCAGCAGCCACCCCACCAGCCCCCUCCCAGCCCGUGCAGCUUCUCUUUAUUCUGGGUUUCCUUGGAAAAGCAUGUCACUUUCAUUCCAAAGUGCACCACACCUCCAAGGGUUCUGAGAGUUUUCCUGGAGUACUACUCGGACAGUGUGGGGGUUUGGCGUGUUUCUCAUGUGCCUGAGAAGGGCCUGGCACCAGGACCUUUGUUCACAUCAUGUGGCAGCGAAUCCACGUCUUGGCCUCUCCUUCGCCUUGCCUUGCAAACCUUCACACCCACAGCACUGGAGAGCUGCAUGUCCAGACCUCAUGCCACGCCACGUCUCGUUGCCACGUCUGACUUACAUGAGUACGCAUCUCGGGCGUUAUGUUUUUCCAGAUGCAGAACACAGCCUAGGCAGCAUCCCCCAGCAUCUGUGCCCCCUGGCUACCUGAUUCCACCAGAACUCCCCGCAUCUGCACAGGCAGCUUCUGAUGCUGGGGUAAGCCACCAAGGGCAGACGCCUGGUCUGUUUUGAUCUGGACUCGGACCUGUUUUUGAGCUUUAAUUUCACUGUGAAACCCCAGUGCUGUCACAUAUCUGAAGGGCUCAGCAGAGUCCAGCCCAUCCCAAGCCAGGACCCACCCUGUGCCUCUUGCCAGGAAAACCCAUCUAUCCAUGACACUGGACCUUCAGGACAACCGCUGGCUCUUGGCUCUUGAUUUUCCUAAGCAAUAUUGUGACCGUGAAAAUGUUAUUUAUUAUGACUUGGGAUUUGGUUCUGUGGGACUUUUUUAACAACUGGGUUCCGUGAGGUCUGCCAAAGGUGUACCUUGGAAUCGUGCUUGACCCUCAGGCAAGAGGUCAAUGCCUUUUCUUCCUCAGCAAAAAGCAGAUGCUAUCUUAGCCAGUACAGUCUGCCAUGCCAAAGGGCCAUCACUGUCCCUUCCGUGCAUGUCUGUGCUCAGAGAAGCAGGGCCAUUUCCAGCUUUUCCAGGUUCAACAUUCUUGCAGUGGACCAUGUGUCCAGGUCCCUAGGCUGCUGCCCCAGGAAGAACACUGAGCAACCAAGGACUGCUGUUUUCCCUCACAGCCCAGCCCUCAAAAAUGGCAAUUCUGGCUGGGCCACCAAGCUGUCUAUCCUACAAACCUGUCACCAGCGGGACUAAGAAUUCUGUUCAUAUGGCCUGUGUUCUUGCAGAAAGGAGAUGUCAGUUCCACUGCUGGAGGCAUUCAGGUCCAUACCCACCGUAGCAGAGAUACAGCACAGCUGACCAUCUUGGCUAACAGGAAUGGCUAGAGCAGGUCAUUGUCUUCUAAAAGCCAAGGAGAGUCCAGAGACCUUUUAUGCACCAAAACUACACCCUGCAAACACUGGGCCUGGGCCCCAGCAACUCUGAAAAGCAGCCUGUUCUGACACCAACAGCAUCAGAGUGGCACUCCUGUUAAGGGGACUAUGAGCCAGGCACUGCUCUGCUUUACAAUCUAUCCUCAGGGGACAUGUCCCCAUAGACACUAAUAAGGAAAUGUCUGGUAAACAGUAGUAACUUAGGUUUGUGUGUGUCAUGAGAUCUAGUCAUCGACCAAACUGGUAUGUCGGAAGCCUUCCUUCUGUAUGUUCUCCUCAACAAUGCCCAAAGCUACGCCACGCAGUACCCAGAGUUGCUGCAAAAAAAGCCAGUACUUAAAUGACAGCUUGAACCUGUAACCUUAUAGCCCAAGUCAAGCCUGGGCUGUGACCAAACAAAGCCAGACCCGGUGUCAUGUCUACCCAUGCAACAGUCCUGGACGUGAACGCAUAUAAGUAAGUAUCUGACCUCAGAAUGUUCAAGUUUAUGUCGCAGAUUGUUUUCAAAUGGAUAAUGUAUUUGUCGAAGUAAAACUUUGUUUUGCAAGA